AACAAUUCCCCAUACUUUGCCUAUUCCCCCACAGAUCGUCAAUGUAUUUCGAGUCGUAAACAACAGAAUGGUCAACAAUCUACAAACAUAAACGCCAUCGUCCCGGUCGUACCACCGACUCCACCGAGUAUAACCGUAGCCCCUGCUCACGAACCUCCGUUCCCGCCCAGGUCACAAGUCGCACCCUUGGCUCUUCCCAGCUAUUAAUACCAGCCCAGAAUGCUUCGUACCCCCUUUACCCUUUCAUCUAGGUCUACAGAUAGCGUAUUCAAAAUCCGCCAGUCCUUAUCAAUAGUCCUUUCACACGCUUCCACGAAGAUUAUUUCCCGAGGAUAUAUAACCAUCCCGACUACUUCGACUGUUGCUUCUCACAGACCAACAAUACAACGAUUCAAGAUGACUAUUGCUGUUCCUGCCCGCACUCUUUCUUCUUCUCAACCACUUAAGCGGUCAACCUCUCCUCUCCCCGCCAUCACUCCCGCGCAAAACCUCCUCCGUCUCAAAGCCCACCUCCAAAAUUUACCUACUCCCUUGCUCAAGCAUGUACACCUCUCCAAGAUUCGGAGGGAAGAUCCCAACUUGUUCUUCUCGGUCAUGCGUGACGAGUUGACUGAGCUCGCGCCCAUCGUGUAUACUCCUACCGUUGGUGAGGCUUGUCAAAAAUAUUCUCAAAUAUACUCUGGACCUGAAGGUCUUUACCUUAACAUCGAGGAUAAGGAUCGAAUCCCCGAGAUUCUCCACCAAUACGCUUCCAAGCUUGUCGCCCCGCCUCAGAUUCUCGUGGUUACCGAUGGUUCUCGUAUCUUGGGUCUCGGAGAUCUCGGUAUCGGAGGAAUGGGUAUCAGCGUUGGCAAAUUGAACUUGUACGUUGCUGGUGGUGGCGUCAACCCUCAUGGUUGCUUGCCUGUGGUCCUUGACAUGGGAACCAACAAUGAGGCUGUCCGAAAUGACCCUCUUUACAUUGGUCUUAAACAGCCCCGAGUUGGCCUCGAGGAGGCUACUGAGUUCAUGGACGCUUUCAUGGCUGCCGCAUCCGAGGCUUUCCCCAAGGCUGUCAUUCAACAUGAAGACUUUUACUCUGAGGCUGCUUUUGACUUCUUGGCGAGGUAUAAGGAGAAGUACAGGAUGUUCAACGAUGAUAUUGAGGGUACUGGAUCCGUCAUCCUUGCUGGUUUCCUUGCCGCUGCUAAACACGCCAGCGAAGCUUCCGGUAAGCCUUUAAGGGAUCAUAAGGUUGUCUUCCUUGGUGGUGGUUCAGCUGCCGUUGGUGUGGCCAAGGAGAUGAUGAACUUUUUCAUGAUGCAAGGGUUGACUGAGGAUGAGGCCAGGGAGAGGUUCUGGCUCAUUGACACCAAGGGUCUCAUCACCUCUACUCGCGCCGAUGUCGUCUCUGGCAAGGUCGCCUCCCACAAAAAGUUCUUUAUCCGAAACGACACUGAAGGCAAAGAGUACCCCUCUCUCGAAUCUGUUAUCGAGUACGUUCAGCCCACCGCCCUUGUCGGUCUCUCCACCACUUUUGGCGCUUUCUCCGAGUCUGCCGUCAGGCGCAUGGCCGAGUUGAACCAGUCGCCCAUCAUCUUCCCCCUUUCUAACCCUACCAGCAAGUGCGAGUUGGCCUUUUCCGAUGCCCUUGAAUGGACCGACGGUCGUGUACUCUUUGCUUCGGGAUCUCCCUACGCCCCUCAACAAUUCAAAGGCACUUUCCGAGAGCCAGGUCAAGGAAACAAUUUCCUCGUGUUCCCUGGUAUUGGCUUUGGUGCCCUCCAGGCUGGUUGCAAGCGUAUUACCACUGGCAUGAUCACCGCUUCUGCCAUUGCUCUUUCCGAGGCUCUCACACCGGAGGAGAAGCAGAAAGGCUUGUUAUACCCUAGGUUGGAAAGGAUCAGGGCGGUCAGUGCUAGGGUUGCUGCCGGUGUUGUCAAGCAGGCUCAGGAAGAUGGUGUAGACACAAAUGAAAAGCUGAGAGGUCUCGAUAUCGAGACUCUUACCGAAGAAAUGAACAAGGCUCAGUGGUGGCCUUGAGUAAAAGUUUCAUGGACAUUUCGUUGUGUAAUAGGCAUUUUGAUUGUGAAUUAAAAAUACUAAGACGAUACACGUAUGAGUAUCCUUUUUAGGUCAAUGGGGUGAUUGUUGAUAAGAUAAGAAGCUAUGCAUGACGUUCAUAUACCUCGAUCCCUGAAGCCCUAUAUCAUCCAUCAUUUGCCUAACUGUUCUUAACGGUAAAAUAUGUUGUGAGAUGUCUAUGGAUGCAUAAAGAGAAGAAAAGAACCUUGAUAGAAGAAUCUCGUAGAAGAUAUAAAGCAGCCACGCCACAAAUGGCCUCCUCUCCCAUUGCUCACUCAUCCAACAAAAAAAAAGAAAAGGUUUAAUCACGGUCGUCCUCUAUAAGCGCCCCAUUCCCGUCCCCUCCAACACUGCCAGCGCGGUUCGUUUCGUCAACUCGUCGUCUUUUGGAUGCUCGAGGAGGGGUCCAGCCGAUGAGAGGUUCGUAGCGAAUAUACUUAGCAGAUAAUGCCUCGAAGACCGCCUCGUACUCUACAUGAGUCUUUCGGCUCUUCUUCAGUAGAUCCAACGAAACCUCGGCAUGGGAAUCAAUGACCAAAAGAAGCCCCAAGGGCUCCAGUUGUUCAGGGUUGUAGAGCAAGUUGGCUCCACUACCUCCUCGCUUUAGACCCAUGGGUCACUGAAACUUGAUCCAAAGUUUGGUCUAUAAUGUAAUGUACGACCAAAAAGAAAUCACAUGUAAGACAUGUAU